UCUCCGACGACAUAUUGUUUGUGAGGAGCAAAUUCUGAAAAGCAAACUGGGAAAGAGGAUUACAAUUUAUUUCUCUCUAAACACAAGAAGUAUCUGUCAUUUAAGAUAAAAAAAAUGGAGCCGUCAGCCAGUCCAGCGAAGGAUAACCACAGGAUGAACAGCUACAAGAACAAAGCCCUGAAUGUGGAGGAGAUGAGACGCAGGAGAGAGGAGGAGGGUGUCCAGCUGAGGAAGCAGAAACGAGAGCAACAGCUGUUCAAGAGGAGAAACGUUGACAUGUUGAACGAGGAAGGAGUCAUGUUUGAGAGUCCCCUGGUCGACUCGUAUGUCACCUCCACAGCCACAGAGGAAGGAGUCCUAACUAAAGACCUGGUGGAGAUGCUCUUCUCAGAGGACCCAGAGAUGCAACUCACCACCACACAGUCGUUCAGGAAACUACUGUCCAAAGAACCCAAUCCACCUAUUGACGAGGUCAUCAACACCCCAGGCAUUGUAGAGAGGUUUGUAGAGUUCCUGAAGAGGAGCGUCAACUGCACAUUACAGUUUGAGGCAGCCUGGGCCUUGACCAACAUAGCAUCAGGUACAUCCAUGCAGACGAACAUAGUAAUCGAGGCAGGAGCAGUCCCCAUCUUUAUAGAACUACUCACCUCGGACUUUGAAGAUGUUCAGGAACAGGCGGUGUGGGCGUUGGGUAACAUAGCAGGGGACAGUGCAGUGUGCAGAGACUAUGUACUCAACUGUAAUAUCCUGCCACCACUAUUAAUGCUUCUGACUAAAUCCACCAGACUGACAAUGACCAGGAAUGCAGUGUGGGCUCUGUCUAACCUGUGCAGGGGGAAGAGCCCCCCACCUGUAUUUGAGAAGGUGUCCCCUUGUCUGCAGGUCCUGUCUAGACUGUUGUUCAGCAGUGAUUCAGAUCUGUUAGCAGAUGCUUGCUGGGCUCUGUCCUACCUCUCUGAUAGAAUACACCAAAUGUCCCCCUGUCUGUCCUCUGUCUCCCAGGUGUCCCCUUGUCUGCAGGUCCUGUCUAGACUGUUGUUCAGCAGUGAUUCAGAUCUAUUAGCAGAUGCCUGCUGGGCUCUGUCCUACCUCUCUGACGGACCCAACGAGAAGAUCCAGGCUGUCAUCGACUCCGGCGUCUGCAGGCGCCUCGUAGAGCUGCUCAUGCACACGGACUACAAGGUGGCGUCUCCUGCUCUGAGAGCAGUGGGGAACAUCGUCACUGGAGACGACAUCCAGACGCAGGUGGUGUUGAACUGUUCAGCCCUGCCCUGUCUGCUCCACCUGCUGAGUAGUCCUAAAGAAUCCAUCCGGAAAGAGGCCUGCUGGACCGUCUCCAACAUCACCGCUGGCAACAGGGCUCAGAUACAGACGGUGAUUGAUGCCAACAUCUUCCCUGUGCUGAUCGACAUCCUGCAGAAGGCAGAGUUCAGAACCAGAAAGGAAGCAGCCUGGGCCAUCACUAACGCCACCUCUGGAGGAAUGCCUGAACAGAUCAGGUACCUGGUGAACCUGGGCUGUAUCAAGCCUCUGUGUGACUUGUUGACGGUGAUGGACAGUAAGAUAGUCCAGGUGUCUCUGAACGGUCUGGAGAACAUUCUGCGACUGGGAGACCAAGAGGCCAAGCAGGAUGCAGGACCCAGUGGUACUGGCAUCAACCCCUACUGCUCUCUCAUAGAGGAGGCCUAUGGUCUAGAUAAGAUCGAGUUCCUUCAGAGCCAUGAGAACCAAGAGAUCUACCAGAAGGCUUUUGAUCUGAUAGAGCACUACUUUGGAGUGGAGGAGGAGGACCAGAACCUGGCUCCUCCAAUGGACCAGGCCAAUCAGCAGUUCCUCUUCCCCCAGCAGGAGGCACCCAUGGAGGGCUUUCAGCUAUAACGCCCUCCUUGUCCUCUGGUUCUCAUCUGGUUCAUCUUAACCAACCAUCACUCAUACCCAUGGAGGAGUUUCAGAUGAAACAUCCACCCCCUUAUCCUCAUACCCAUGGAGGAAUUUGGCGUAUAAUCAGUCCCCUCCACCCUCCAUGUCCAACCAUUGCCCCAUCCUCUAUACCCACCCUGAGCCCAAGGGCUAGUAUUAGCCCCAACAGAUAAAGGGUGGAGGUGACACACCCCCCACCUGUGAAGCAAUGACCUUAUCCACCUUAUAUCCUCCACCUCCAUGGAAGUUAGAGCGUUGUCCUCUCCCUCCUCUCCCAUGGAAGGCUUUACAGAUUCAACUAUCCAACCUAUAUUCCCAAUCUUUGAGCUGGCUUUUACCUACCCUAACAGAUCAGACGCUUUCUAACGGAAUGCCACGUCUCGGCCAAUAGGAGACCUGAACUCAACCCGACCUGACGAUAAAACAAAGCUCUUCCUGAUCAGUGAUCCCACAACCAGCCGAGGUUUGGUCCAGUCCAGGUUUAAUGCACAGAUACAAUAACAGAUACACCGCCAGUGCUGUUGAUACCCUGAUUCUUCUGACCGUAAGGGCGGUUUGGUUUGGUUAUUAGUGCUUCCUGUCUGCCCAUAGGGGAUGUCCUCCUUCGGGAUGUAAGGGUCAAACCUAACCAGUGGGAGAGAUGUGUUUUUAUUUAAUUUUUACCCAGCUCCUUUACGACAAUUCUCUUCCUAGUCCUUAUCUGUUUCCCCUCGUUUUAGCUUUUGUCCACCCUGUGUUUCCCUCUGGCUUGUUCUAAAACGUACUGCAUCUACAUGCACCACCUGAAGACUGAAGUGUCCCAAGACAGACGAAUGGUCUCUCUACUGUUAACAAUAAAACAAUCCGGAUGUAUUCUCAACUAGGCCAAACCCUCAUUCAUAUUGGUUUCUGUCUAUAUCGGACAUACAGGGUUCCAAUAAGCAAUUCUUGGGGUUCUUAGGAAUUCUAGAACUAUGGUUAGAAGUGUAGAGCCAAGGUUCUCCCCUUCUCGAACUGAGUCCUUUCUCUACAAUGUCUUUAUUGUUGAACUUUUAGUUUUGUGCUUGUGGAGGAGCAUGUUGGGAUCUGAAUCGUAAAAUCAGGUAAACGUCUGGGGCUAAGGGAGGAUGUUGA